AUGGAAGCAGAGGAGCAGGAAGAAAACUGUCAGUUUGAUUUGGAGAAGAUGAAGGUCACAGAGGGAGGAAAUAUGAUGCUGAUGACCUUCGAUGAGGUGGCUUUGUAUUUCUGCGAGGCACAGUGGAGCCUCUUGGAUGAAGAGCAGAGGGAAAUCUACAAGGAUGUAAUGCAGGAAAAUUAUGAGACUCUGAUCUCCCUGGGAUUUCCGAUUCCCAAGCCUGAGAUGAUAGCCCAGGUGGAAAGAGGGGAAGAGCCAUUUGUCCCAGAUCUCCAGCACUCUGAGGAAACGGAGAUCCUGAUGGUCGACUGCACGGGAAACUAUGGGAUUCUGCAGGAAGGUCCUGAUGAAGAAAUGGAGCAGCCUAGAACAUUAUCAGGCAGCAGGUCCAAAGAGAAUAUUUCCCAGAGUCCUGAGGAGAGAGACACCUCUAAUGGUAAGCACAUCUGUGGAGAAGACAGGCUGACCACCUGCACUGAGUGUGGGAAGAGCUUCAGUCGGAGCUCAUACCUUGCUGCACAUAAGAGAACCCACACAGGGGAGAGACCCUUCCAAUGCGCUGAAUGUGGGAAAAGGUUCACCGACAGAUCAACUUGCAACCGGCACCAGAGAACCCACACCAGGGAGCGGCCCUACAGUUGCAAAGUGUGCAGGAAAAGCUUCGGCUUCAGAUCGGCGCUCAGCAAACACUUGAGAACCUAUACAGGGGAAAGGCCAUGCAAAUGCAUUGAGUGUGGGAAGAGCUUCAGAGACAGCUCCGCCCUCGUCGAGCACCAGAGGAUGCACAGUGGGGAGCGGCCCUAUGUGUGCAGAGAGUGCGGGAAACGCUUCCAGCGGAACUCGCAUGUCACUAAACACCAGAGAAUCCACACAGGAGAAAAACCCUUUACAUGUGAAGAGUGCGGGAAAGGGGUCACAGAAAGUUCAUACCUUACUAACCAUCAGAGAAUCCACACUGGGGAGCGCCCCUUCACAUGCAGGGUAUGCGAGAAGAGCUUCAAUCACAGCUCCACUCUCUUCAAACAUCAGAGGACCCACACAGGGGAGAGACCCUUCACAUGCACUGAAUGUGGGAAGGGCUUCCGUGGGAACUCAGCCCUUACUCAGCAUCUGAGAAUGCACACGGGAGAGAGACCCUACGCCUGCAGGCUUUGCAAGAAGAGCUUCAGUCGGAGCUCACAUCUCGUUGCACAUCAGAGGAUCCACAUAGGGGAGAGACCCUUCCCAUGCACUGAGUGUGGGAAAAGGUUUGCAGAGAGUUCCAUGUUCAUGCAGCACCAGAGAACUCACACUGGGGAGCGGCCCUACGGCUGCAGAGUGCGGGAAGAGCUUCAGGUUCAGUUCCACACUCACCAAACACCGGAGAACUCACACAGGGAACAGGCUGUGCAAACGCACCCAGGGCAGGAGGAGCUUGAGAGAUGCCUCCUUCCCCAUGGAGCACCAGAGAAUCUACAGCAGGGAGUGGCCCUAUGGGCGUGGGAAGCACUUCCAGAGGAGUUCGGACAUCACUAA